AUGUCAGAAUUAACGCCCAGCACGCUCUGCGCCGCGUGCCAGUCCAUAUUUAAGCCAGACACGCCGAAAUCACUGGAUACCGGCGAGAUUCCGCAUCAUGGCUUGGAAGAACUCGCAUCUUUGGCCAGCAAAUGCCAUCUCUGUUUGACAGUUUUUAUGUCCAUCGACCCAGACGCCUAUAGAAAUUUUCGAAACAGAGGGUUAGCAAUCGAUUCGGUUGGCUUCGUCUGGAUAUCACCGAUUGCCCGGGACCAAGCGAGGUUGAAGUUCCGAUAUGUGAAGCCAACGAAGUCGGAGGCGGACAAGGAGAUCCGGGGACCGACUCCAAGCAGUAGCGGUUCGAAGGCGAGUCUCUCGUUGAGCUGGGACCAAACGACGGGGUUGGUGGUUGAGUUGAUUCUGAUGCAUCCGAGAUUUGCCGUUGAACCUGGAGUCCGGACAAUUGACUCUAGAUCGGUGAGUACAGCGUCGACAGAAAGUAUCGAUCUUGCCAAACAGUGGAUCCAAGACUGUACAUUCAACCACAUGAAAUGUUCCGUGUCCUCUGCCACCGAUGCGACGUGGAAGCCCACACACCUGUUGGAUGUCUCGAUCCGAGGCCCCAAGGGCGCUCGCGGAGUCAAACUUGUGGACGGCAUGUUCGUGGACCCCUUGAGCGAGUACGUCACCCUCAGCCAUUGUUGGGGCAAGUCCAAGACGAUUCGUUUGCAUAAAGGGACCCUCGCAGCGUUGAGGCAGGGCGUCAGCGUGGCAAAUCUCCCAAAGACGUUUGCCGAAGCCGCCAUUGUGACGGAUAAGCUAGGUUUCCGAUACCUCUGGAUUGACGCACUGUGCAUUCGACAUGAUAGCGAAACAGACGUGUUGGCCGAGGUGGGACAGAUGCACCGUGUCUAUUCAGAAGCCACACUCAACAUCGCCGCCACUUCCUCGAGGGACGAUGCCAGCGGACUGAUCUACAGUCGCAACGUUUUGGCAAUACAGCCCUGCAUUGUUCCCGUUCCCUUUGGCUUGGGCAUUGACGAAGGGAUGUACAAAAUACUCCGCUCCACGCUAUGGCACGAUUUGGUCGACUCAUCACCACUCAACAAGCGGGCUUGGGCUUUUCAGGAACGCUGCCUUGCAAAACGUACACUGCACUUCACUCGCAAUGAAUUGUUCUGGGAAUGCCAACAGAUGUGUUGUUCAGAGGUAUUUCCGAAGGGCCUUCCCGCCACCAUGGGUCCGCCUUCGUCCCAAGAAAGUGUCGAGUUCUUCAGUAAGAAGAUCCAUCACCAGAGGCACGGCAAUUGGCAUCAGCUGGUGAAAAUGUAUUCCCCCAAGAAGUUGACGUACUCUAGCGACAAGCUGUUGGCCAUGCAGGGGCUGGCGAAGCAGUACAUGGCAAAGAACAGAUUGCAUACCGACGACUACCUGGUUGGGCUCUGGAAGCCGCAAUUACCACACGCGCUGCUCUGGCGAGUAGAGGGCGGAAGGCGGCCGACGAAGUACAGAGCCCCAACAUGGGCAUGGACAUCCAUCGACGGCGAAGUAAAGUACCCUGAACCGGCAUCCUCGGCACGAGAAACUUGCAUUGAAAUCAUCGAGAUCGACAUGAAAUAUAGUCCAUCCGGGGACAAUUUCGGCUUUGUGCAAGGCGGCAGGAUGAAGGUUAGAGGGUUCCUGGCAAGAGGGCUGCUGAGACGCACGCGGGAUUACUGGGGUUCUACGCCCUGUGUGAUCCAAUGUACCAAGGCUCAGGUCGAAAUCGAGAAAGCAGCCUUUGACGACCGCCUGCCAAAACUGUCCGACGUGGGCAGUGGGAUGCUUUGCGAGAUGCUCGAGAUCUAUCUCUUGCCAGUCAUCGACGUUGUUGAUCGGGUCGAGGGAUUGCUCCUGUGUGCGACCAUGAAAAAGGGCGAAUUCAGGAGGAUCGGAGCCUUUGACGUGAGCCGGUAUGACCAGGCCAAUUGGGACCGGUUUCGGAGUGUCAUGAAAGGCGAGGCCGAGAUGAACAACUACGUUGAGCGACUGGACCAUAUGAACGGGUAUUGGUUCGCCAGUGAUUUUACAUAUACGAUUAAUAUCAUCUGA